GGCGUGGUGGAAGAGAGUAGUGUUGAGUGAGCAUAGGGGAGAGAGUGUUGUGAGGUGCGCGCUGGCCUGGCUCUGGUAACACUGUAAGGCAGCAGGAUCACCUGUCGACGGUUGAUGAAGAUGGUUGCACUGCCAGUUUCCCAGUCAAAAAUGUAGCCUCAGUCAGCCAGUGCGAUGCAACCCGCGGUGGUGAGACUGUAGAUGAGACGAGUGGCGGUGAUGUGACGCAGUGCUGUGCGCAGAGAAGUGAAGCAAUGCACGCAGGAGGCAUAGGCUGAGGGAGGGAGGCAUGGAUGUGGCCCAUUGCGUACCAUACCAUGUUGAACUGUAAACAAUACACCACUUUUGGAUGUCUGGAAAACAGUUAGACUGAGGACAAUGUUUCCCGCUUCCUCGAACACAGAUUCCCAAGUGUGUAAUUUUGACAGCGAGGAGAACGCACAGAAAUGGAAGCGUUUGUUUCUCAGCUCCCUGCAGAAGGUGCUGAAGCAGGUGCACCCAACCCUGGCAGCCAAGGAGGAUGCGCUGGAAUAUGUUGAGAGUCUCAUCCUACGGCUGCUGUCCACGCUGUGUGCCAAGCCUGCCCCACACACUGUCCAGGAUGUGGAGGAGAGAGUUCAGCGCACAUUCCCCAACCCCAUUGACCGCUGGGCCAUCGGGGAUGCUCAGGCGGCCAUUGAGAAGGGGCGCAAGAAAUCCCCGUUGGUUCUUCCGGCGGAAAAAGCGCAUCCUCUCUUACGGGAUGUCUUGCACACCAAGAUUGACUACCAAGUGACCCUGUAUAUAGUUGCAGUCUUGGAGUACAUAUCUGCAGACAUCCUCAAGCUUGCUGGGAACUAUGUCAAAAACAUCAGACACAUUGAGGUCACCCAACAAGACAUCAGAGUAGCCAUGUGUGCUGACAAGGUGCUGAUGGACAUGUUCCAGCAAGAUGAGUAUGGAGAGAGCAGCGGGCAACCAGAAGACCCCAAUGUUGAUAUUUCCAUCACAUUUGAUGAGCUAGUGAAGGACCUCAUACAGGAGAAGAAAACCUACAUCAGGGAACUCAACAUGAUCAUUAAGGUCUUUCGUGACAAGCUGCAACAGAUUCCUUCACUCCAAGAGAGUGGCAACCGGGAACUUGAGAUAAUCUUCUCAAACAUCACGGAAAUCUAUGACUUCUCUGUCAACCUGCUGGGCUCCUUAGAAGACACCAUGGAAGUGACAGAGGAAAAUGAGUCUCCAGCCAUUGGUAUCUGUUUUGAGGAGCAGGCUGAGGAAGCUGAGUUUGACGUGUAUGCUAAGUAUGCAAGUGACGUGACUCGGCCUGAGUGUGCAGAGACGCUGGCAGAGGUGGUGAGUCGGCCUGACGUGAGCGAUGCCCUGACCAGUGCUGGGCAUGGCUUUAAAGAGGCUGUCAAAUACUACUUGCCCAAGCUACUCCUUGUGCCAGUCUACCAUGUCUUCACUUACUUCAAGGACAUAGAGAUGUUGUUGAGUAACACGGAGUCUGAGGAGGGCCGGGAGAGCCUGGAGCAGGUGAAGGGGUUGUUGUGCCCCCUGCAGAGCCAGCUGGAACGCAACAUUCACAACUCUCCCUACUCCGCAUAUCUUAAGAGAAAACUUAACGAAAUCAAUUCCCGACACAGACGACAGAGUAGACAACAAACACUGAUAAAGAUGAAGGAGUUACAGCGAUCCAUAGAUGGCUGGGAAGGCAAAGUCAUCUCUCAGUGUUGCAACGAAUUUGUUUUAGAGGGAGACCUACUGAAGCUGGGAGCCACAGGGAGGAAGCUGACGGAGCGCCAUGUGUUCCUCUUUGAUGGGCUCAUAGUUCUUUGUAAGAGCAAUAACAGGAGGUCGUCAGUCACAGGCCAGGUUGGAGAAUAUAGAUUUAAAGAAAAAUUCCUGAUGAGAAUGGUGGAGAUUCUAGAUAGGGAAGACACUGAAGAGGUGAGACACUCCUUUGAGAUUCGGCCGCGGGACCAGCCCAAUGUGGUGCUGCUGGCCAAAAAUGUCGAAGACAAGAACACCUGGAUGGCUGCUCUCGUCAUGCUCAACACUCGAAGUAUGUUAGAACGAACUUUAGACAGUAUAUUACUAGAUGAGGAAAAGCAGCAUCCCUUGAGACUACCAGACCCCUCAGUGUACCAGUUUGCCAUUGAGGACUCAGAGUCAAACAUCAUCAUCGAAGAAAAAGAAAACUCAGGAACGCCUCUCAUCAAGGGGGCAACGUUACCAAAGCUGGUGGAGCGACUCACCUACCACAUGUAUGCUGAUCCCAUGUUUGUGCGAACCUUCCUCACCACUUACAGGAGUUUUUGUACCCCUAUGGAACUGCUAGAGUUACUCAUCCAGCGUUUUGACAUCCCUGAGCCUGAGCUGCCAGAAGUGAGUGAGGAGGAGACACAGGAGGUGCAGAACCAGCAACUCUCCAUAAACCGAGAGAUCAUGAAGCGCUUCAGAAAGGAAUAUUCACAACCAGUACAGUUUAGAGUUUUGAAUGUGUUGCGUCACUGGGUGGACUAUCACUUCUAUGACUUUGAGCGUGACCAGUCCUUGCUGGAAAACCUGACCAACUUCCUCGACAAGGUGAAAGGGAAGUCCAUGCGCAAGUGGGUGGAAUCCAUCACCAAGAUCAUCCAGAGACGGUGCAACGAAGAGCAGCGGGAGAUCACCUUCAGCCUGAACCGGUCGCCUCCCUCCCCCAAGUGGCACAUCAAGCUGGAGGAGAAGGACUGGGAGGCCAUCCUGCCCAUUGGUGCUGGGGGAACCUCUACCAAUCCGGACUAUGUGCGUCCACUACUGAUGCUGCACCCUAUUGAGAUUGCCCGGCAGCUGACCCUGCUGGAGUUUGACUUGUAUCGUGCAGUGAAACCAUCAGAACUGGUGGGGACGCCCUGGACCAAGGAGGGCAAAGAGAAACGCUCACCAAACUUGCUCAAACUGAUCUACCACACAAACAAUGUGACGAGGUGGUUCAUGCGGUGUAUUGUUGAGACCGAGAACUUUGAAGAGCGUGUGGCCGUUAUGUGCAGGAUAGUGGAGAUCAUGGUUAUGUUUCAUGACCUCAACAACUUCAGUGGAAUAUUUGAAAUCGUAAGUGCUCUGGGAUCAGCUGCUGUGCACAGAUUAGAACACACAAAGAUGGAGGUGUGGAAAAGGAUUCCUCCGGCCCAGCUGAGGAUAUUUGAGGAAGCAUCGGAAAUUAGCGAAAACCACUGUAAAAAAUAUCAAGAAAAACUACGAUCUAUAAAUCCUCCCUGUGUUCCAUUUUUUGGAAUGUACCUGACCAACAUCUUGCUCAUAGAAGAAGGCAACCCAGACUUCCUCCCCCGGGCGGCAGAGGGCCUCAUCAACUUCUCCAAGAGGCGGAAAGUGGCCGAGAUCACCGGGGAGAUCCAGCAGUACCAGAACCAACCCUACUGCCUGGAGGUGGAGCCGCGCAUCAGGCACUUCCUGGAGACGCUGCAGCCCUUCGACACGGAUGACGAGACCAGGAUUGCCAACUAUCUCUAUGACAGAUCCAAGGAGAUCGAACCCAAGAACUGUAAGAAGCCGCCCAUUAAGGAGCGGCGGUGGCACAACAGCUACCUCAAGUCCCCUGGCAUCAAGCCUCGCAACAAGGUGCCCAACCCCCUGCCCGGCAUCUUCCUGCAGAGUGAGAGGGGACCCAAGCUGAAUGAGGGGGCUGAAGGGGAUGACAUGACCACGCCCCCCACCCCCAACACUCCCAGCAGCCCCAGCCUCCCCCAGCACCACCAGGCACCCCACAUCUCUGCUGACAAUGCCGUCUUUGCCCCUGUGGAGCUUGGGACAGGAAAUGUGAUGUCCAAUGAGUACCGCUAUGUCCCUCCUCAAGCCCCUCCACCACCUCCCGUGUCCUCCCAGGUGCCUCCUCCACCAUUACCACCUCGGGCCCCCAAGAGGGAACCCUCUGUUGGCGACACCUCGCCCAAGGUGAAGCAGGCUCCUGAUGCCCCAGAGUUGCCACCCCGGGAUGUCUCGCCGCCCCCCAUUCCGCCCCGAACGGCUACCCUGCCCCGGAUGCACUCCUCCAUGGGGCUGCAGCACGGCCCCGACCAUCACCACCAUGCACAUGCAUCGCUCAUCCAGCCCCUCCACUCCAUCAGCCUGCAUCACCAGCUCCCCCACCACCAUCACACUCACCACCAUCGCAUUCAUCCCUCCUUCCUGGCCCCCCCUCCUCCCCCGCAGCAGUAUCAGCUGGACCCCCCACCCCACCGUCGUAACAACUCCGUGGACCUGUCCUCCCCCACCCCCCUGGCUCGGAGACACACCAACGGGCCUCACGCAGGUUUGCCCGGGAGCAGUGAUGGUGAUGCAGGAGACCAGCCACCAACCCCUCCACCCCGAUUGUCCUGCCGCCAGACCUUCUCUUUCACCUCCGACCCUCACCAUUCAUAGGCCCGCCAGUGCUCCUCUCUUAGUUAUCCUCACCUUUAUACUAGAUAUGAUAGUUGGCUGCUAAGGAGCCCAUCAUAUACCUAAGCUCUUGUUUAAAGCUCCAGGAUAUUUUGGAGCUUUUAUGUUUUUGUCAUGUGGUAGCAACCACAUCCUCUUAUUUUCUUCAGUUUUUUAUUUUUAUUUUUAUUAUAUACAUUGGUAAGAAGAAAGAGAUAGUAAGGUGAAACCAGCAACACUCCAAUACAUCUUUAAAACAGAAUGUAAGCGUUCCCAGUCAGUGAUUGAGCAAAUAAUCUUGUCACUUCGCUGCUAAAUUUAUUCCUCUCAGUGUUUCUACAUUUUGAUACUUGAGUUGUUAGGCUGGCAUGUAUGACGAGUAAGGAAAGUGUGUGAUGUCAUGCAGCGUGAGAGAGAGGAAGUAAGAAUAAGAGCAGAGUGGAUGGAAGGGUGAUGAGAGAUCAUGGUUGUUAUUAGUGUGGUAGUAUUUGGUAGUGAGGAAGAGUGCAGAGGUUACUGGUGUGUGGUGGAGGCUGGUGAGGGGAGGGGAGGGGAAGAUGUGACAUCCACCUUGGCUCACUUUUGAAAUUAGGAAUGACAUUUUGGUUCUUUUUAUACAUAUAUUUUAAAUAGUGUUAUCUUUUAUAUGGGAUGGUUCAUGAUGCCAGGAUGAUGUGGAGGUUGGAGUGAGUGGCCAGAAGACAGGCAUGGCUUGCACUGAUGGAGGGACAAAGGGUGAUCAGCUUUUUCACUCAUACAUUUUUUAAGAUGAAGGAAUUUUUAUCUGUAAACUUUAAACAUUGAAUGCAUUCCGGUUUUUAAAAGGAUGGAUAUGAAAUUAUUGUGUGUUCUUAAACUAGACUUCCAAAAUGGCGUUAGAUAAAAAUGUGAUGGGCAUUCGUGUGGAGCCCAUUUUACCUGGUUGAGGACGUAUUUACGAAUGUAGAUAACCGAGGGAUACUUGUUUGUUGGCAUUAAAUCCACUUAGUUCUUGUCUUGUCAUAGAUCGUGUAGAAAUUUUUUGAUGAUAGUAUUCUUGGAGGCAUUUGGAGCAGAAGAGGCUGUCUGCACUGAGACAAUUGUUUUGCAUUUAAAGUGGUGUGUACAGCUUUACUCUCCUCACGGUGGAGCUGGAACUGGUGAUGCACCAAGUUGGGUGUAGGAAGUCUGAUGCAGAAAAUGUUAGGCUGGUACUAAUAUUUGACUGGCAGGUAUAAAUUAGUUAUUAACUUUCAUUCUGAUAAACAAAAGAAAAGAUAUUUUCAUGCAGGGUUAUGUUACAGAAAAUUCAGAUCACUUUAGUGUUAUUGUGUUUGACAGUUUAAUAGCGGAAGUCUGGCAGUUUUUUGCAUGUGAUGUGUGCGCAUGUGUUUGUAUAUGUGCAGCGUCUGGAGAAGUGAACACCAAUACCAGAAGUGAAUACCAAUAUCAGAGGUGAAAUGCAUUAUGAUUUUCUUAUCAUAGUCUAGUACUUCUAGCUGCUGCUAUGCUCGUUUGUAAGUAGACUAGGUUGUACGCAGUUGCUCAAAAUAUUUUCAACUUCAUUAGGCUCCUUUAUGAUUGACACAUUAAUUGCAUUCUUUCAAGAGGAAAGUGGGAACUUCACAUUACAUUUGCCAUUUUGUUUUUAUCAAGUCAUGUUUUUAUAGAGUCUAUAUUUUGUACUAAACAUGUCUUAUCAUUUCCAGAUAAAAACGGCAAAGUUAUUUUUUCCAAACCAAUAUUUUGAGAGGCUUAAAUAUAACUUUGUAGUCCAAGCUGAAAGUGCCUAGUGUAUUGAGCAUUCCAACGAGCCAUAGCACAUGAACUACUAGGGUGUUCUGUUACUGUAUCCACACACGCCACCUCGGCAAGUGUCUCGCCGACACAGUCACAAAGUGUGUAGCUUUUUGUUUAUAUUUAUUAGAUGUUUGCUAAUUUCUUGUAUACAACUUCAUGUUCUAUCACAGUUUCAUGCAAACUUUGGAUGUAUAAAGAUUUUCCAUAUUCCACAUUACUUGAGUAAGUUCUGUCAUGAAGGACAGAGUAAUGUGACUUGGCUUGCAUGAUGAUGUGGUCAUUUACACCUUCUUGUCUUCUAUUAGACUGGGUCGUUUCAUAAUUGCAGUUCUUGCUUUUAAAGCUAUGCCUGAUUUGUGAUAAUAUUAAAUAAGAGAAUAUGUUAACUCAUUAGACUAUUCAGGUGGGAAGUAGGUGAGUGAUGCAGUUUCCCUUUGAGAAACUCUACUAUACAUCAUCUAGUCAGGGCAAAUGGCAGUGGGAGGCUAAGGCUGGGUCCACAAGCAUUUUAGGGAUUACUGGUGCUCAGCCAUUAUCAUCUCUGAUUUUUUUCAGCAAAUACCUGCUCCAAGCUUGCACACUCAGUAUUACAUAGGUCUGGAGUACUGACUGGUCAAGACCACUCUUGAUGAAGGCUUGUGCUUUUGUUGACACUUGUGAAUGUUUUCAGUACUUGGAUAAAUUUUAUCUAAGACCAAAUGUUUGAUAACUGAGGUAGCAAUGGAGACAAGAGAUUAUAUCUGUGAUGUCUUUGGGGGUAGACUACCGGCAAGUAGGACUGAUGGCCCAAGUCUUGUUUGUGCAUGGGGCAGUUCGUUCAAAAGUCUAGCCAUUAACAAAUUAUUACCCAACAUAGAUCAUCAGUACUUUGUAAAAUUUCUAGGGAAAAAACAUGGGCUACACUGUACUAUUCUUGUCUUUUAAUACUUAUCUGAGUAAGACAUUCAUUCCAAGUGCAGUGUGGCCUUGAGUCUGACCCAAGAAGUUAAUGUUUUUAGUAAUGGGACACACUAGCUGGGUCCCACACGCACAAGCCAGGGUUGCCCCCAUCAAGCUAACAAUUCCAUGCUGUGUAAAGAUUCCUAUUGCAUCUUGUUACAAAAGACAGCGAAAUAGUUUGUAGCAAGAUUGUGUACAUAUUUAUAUAUUUGUUAACAAUAAGUCCUAUAACAUCAAAUUAGUCAGAGAUAAA